GAUGAUGGUGAUGAUGAUGGUGAGGACAGUGAUGGCGAUGAUAGCGAUGAUCAUUGUGAUGAUGAUGAUGGUGAUAAAGAUGGUGAUGAUCCAUUAGAGUUCUAUCAAUGCAUAAGCAGAAGAAUUUGCACCCAGGUGUCGAUGGCUGAGAGUAAAUUUAAUUCAAGAACAGACAGAAGAGAAAUGAGUGUGAAGGACUUGAGCACCUACAAGAAACAAAGGGUACCACUUUCAUCUGUUCAGUGAAUCAAUCAAGAAAAAUUUAAUCAACAGCCACUAUGUUCCAGGCACAGGGGCACAGUAGGCAAAAUGAGCCAUAACCCUGACUCCACGGGGUUUACAGUCUGGUGGGAGAAUCAGACAUGAACUAAAGGAGCCCACACCAAAUAUGAAAUUGUAGCUGAUCCAUGGCCAUGUCCAUGUCCCUACAGGCCAAGUACCACCUCUGUUCAGCAGGCUGGCUGGAGAGUGGACGGGUAGCCUACCCCACUGCCUACGCCUCCCAGAACUGUGGCUCCGGCGUUGUUGGGAUAAUAGACUACGGACAAAGAAACAACAAGAGUGAAAUGUGGGAUGUCUUCUGCUAUCGGAUUAAAGAUGUGAACUGCACCUGCAAGGCGGGCUACGUGGGAGACGGCUUCUCGUGCAGCGGCAAUCUGUUGCAGGUCCUGAUGUCCGUCCCCUCACUGACGAACUUCCUCACAGAAGUGCUUGCCUAUUCCAACAGCUCAGCCAGAGGCCGGGCCUUUCUGAACCACCUGACGGACCUGUCCAUCCGCAAUACGCUCUUCGUGCCGCACAACAGCGGGCUGGGGGAGAACGAGACGCUGUCCGGGCGGGACAUUGAGCACCACCUCGCCAGCGUCCGCGUCUUUUUCUACAAUGACCUUGUCAACGGUACCGUCCUGCGAACUACGCUGGGAAGCCAGCUGCUCAUCACCUCCAGCCAGGACCGGCGACAACCGGAGACCAGGUUUGUCGAUGGAAGAGCCAUUCUGCAGUGGGACAUCUUUGCCUCCAAUGGGAUCAUUCAUGUCAUUUCCAGGCCUUUAAAAGCACCCCCCGCCCCACUGGCUUCAGCCCACACCGGCAUGGGGACAGGGAUAUUCUUUGCCACCGUCCUGGUCUUUGGAGCCGCCACUUUGGCUGCAUAUUCCUACUUUCGGCUAAGCCGAAGAGCAGCUGGCUUCCAGCACUUUGAGUCGGAGGAGGAUAUCGAUGUCGCGGCUCUUGGCAAGCAGCAGCCUGAGAAUAUACCAAACCCCUUGUACGAGAGCACCCCCUCGGCUCCCCCAGAACCUUCCUGCGACCACUUCAUGGACGCCGAAGACCAGCAGCCGGACAACAGUGACCCCCUGGGGGCGCUGUAAGGGCCCAGACCUGCUGUGACCAGCCACCCCCCUCGGCCACCCGCCCACCCGCCAGAGCCUCCUCAAAAAGGCUGUCGACUGUGAAUCUUCCAUGCCAGCUGCCUUCUGGAAAGUAAGGUCCUUUCACAUCUUGAAGUAUGACCACUCAAGCCAUACCUCAUCUCUUUGGUUAAUCUGGGGGAUUAUUUUGUUUCUGUGGGUGAGGGGCCAUGUUAAACCCGCCCACCAACCCCAACGGACUUGUCCCUUCACUGUCCUUCCUUUGUACCUUUACGUGGCACUUACGUACAUUCUCCCCACCACUACCUAUGACCUUGUCUCCUUUCCCUGUUAGAUUGUAAGCAUCCAAAGGCAGGGACCUGCCUCAUUCAUCUUUGUAUCUUGGGGUCUGGUACUUGCAAUGUGCUCAAUAAAUGUUUAUGGAAGAGAACUAAA